AUGAAGUUUUUAUAUACACUAUUAUCAAUUUUCUGCUGCUUAACGAGUUUAGUUUUAUGUCAAUCACUAUACAUAACUUAUCCUAAACCAGGAAGUGUUUUCAGCGCAGGUGAUAAUGUAUUAAUUGAAUGGCAAAAUGAAUUAAAAAGUGAGGUCCAACCUCCAUACGUUACAAUUGCACUCAGUUAUGGAAGUCGAGAUAAUUUGACGAUUUGUAAUGUUAUAGCUAAGAAAGUUUCCUUAGGCUUAGGAUUCCACCAAUGGAAAAUACCAUGUAACAUCCCUCCUCGAAAGGAUUAUGUAAUUGAAGUUGGUACUGAUUUAGAUAAUGUUGCAUUUGAUGGCUAUAUUACCAUUAAAAAUAGAAAAUCGCAUUAA